AUGUCUGCAGAACCAACACCAGUGCAUUUCUUCUCCCAUGGCUCGACUAUGAUGUUGGGCGAGGAGUCCACAUCGGCCGAUUAUUGGAAGAAGUGCGGCGAUGAAGCACUUGCCAACGGCAUCAAGGGAGUAGUGAUGAUGGGAGCUCACUGGGACUGCUCUGGACUCAACAAGAUCCAAGUCGCAAUGAACCCUAAGCCUAAAAAAUCACCAGUCGCAUAUGUGCAUCCAUCAAAAUAUGUCGAUUAUGAGCUUGCGCCAGACCUAGAGCUAGGUCAGAAGUGUCUCGAUCUCCUGAACAAAGAUGGCUUCGAUGCCUCCGCCAACGAAAGCUUCGACUGGAUUCACGAUACAUAUCUCAUUUUGAUUCGCAUGUUCCCCGAGAAAUGCCCACCGACUACCAUUAUAUCUGCCAAUUCUCGCUUUGAUCCUCAUUUCCAUAUGCGUGUUGGAGCUGCGCUGCGACCACUUCGUGAACAAGGAUAUCUGAUUAUUGGCACUGGCGGCGCUGUACACAACCUUUACCGUAAUGUUUGGGCACCCAUGCUCAAAUACUCGGAUAAUUUUGCACAACUGACGCCUCCCGGAGACUGGGCAAUGGACUUCCGGCAGGCGUUUGAGGACGCUAUUGUUAAUAACAGUGGACCGGCGCUUCGUCGAGCAAUCACGCGAUUAAUGAAGCACCCCAAGUUCAGAGAGGCACAUGCAACUGAUGACCAUUUUAUGGCUGCAUUAUUUGUCGCCGGUGCUGUUGGCAGUGAGCAAGACAAGGGUGUUUAUGGAAAGCUAUGGGCUGAGACAUGGGAGCUCACGAAUAUGUGCAAUUCGCAAUUCACUUUCGGAGAAUGGUCCAAGGCUCCUCAGGCAGUCUAUUGA